AACGCUCAUUGAAUUCACAGCGCCGUCGCUGAAAGUUUUUGAGGCCAUGCAAGUAGGAUAGUCUGCUGUAGUUUGGAUACUGAAUGAAGUGACCGGACUGAAUGAGAAUAAAAGAAAAAAUAUGAGGAUAAAAACAGAGAAGCAACGUGCUGUGUUACGAUCAAGAGAGAGUGUGGGAUAGUACAUCGCGCAUGAUUCUGAUAUGCAUUGAAGUCGUGCGGGGCAACGUUUUUUUUAGUUGUUAAAAAGUAUCUGUGAAAUGAAAAGCAGAGAUUGAAGUCUUGAUCGAGGUUGGUUUACCUACUGUAUGCGUUUGACAAUUCACCCGAGUCGCGUUAAUGUUUGUACAAAAUCAAAUCAAUCACAGCAUGAAUUAUAGCGUAAAGCAUGGAAGACGAACAACUGCUUGGAUUUCAUAUAUUUUUUUUUCUUCACAAAGAAUAGAUCGCAAAGGGGCUACCUGUUGAAACUGAAAUGCAACUAAAUAAUUAUCUGUUGAUAUUGAAUAGAGACGGUUGGAUUUCACCUGGACUUUAGUAUUUUUCCUCUGUCAAGUUCAGUUCUGCGUCUUCUGGAAUGUUUGGGAGUUGUGUUCCACCGGUUUCAGCUCGGAUAAAUGCAUUUCUCUGGGCACUAAUAUUUUUAACAACGUUCGGACUUUGUUCAGAGCUGAAAGUUCGUGUUCGUUUAGCUGAUGGACAAAUCACAGAGGAAGUUCUAGAAGCAGACAGUGAAAAAGACUCCAUCACACUUGAGUUCAAACAGGAAGAUGGAACUCUCAUAACAUUUGUUGCUGACUUCAAACAGCAUGUGAAGAUCUUCCGGGCGCUCAUCCUUGGGGAAUUGGAGAGGGGCCAGAGCCAGUACCAGGCCCUGUGCUUCAUCUCGCACCUCAACCACAACGAGUUCAUCCCCAGCGAGUCCAUGGCCCGACUCAGACAGAAAAACCCUCAAUCCAUUCGCACGGCGGAGGAGAGGCGGGGCCUGGACCAGCUGACCAUGAACGUGGCGGUGAACCUGAGCCAGGCGUGGCAGCUCAGCAGCCACAUCCACAACAUGUGCAGCGAGGCCCGGGAGGCUAUCUACACCCGGGAGAGGGACGUCAAACAUUGGCUGGAGAGAGGAGUGGAGGGCUCCAUGUUUGAGAUCCUGCCCCAGUCGGUGGACGUGGUCCCGGUCCUGCUGUCGUGCCGCUCUACGAGAGACCUGUGGCAGCCCUGCUCCUGCAGCUUCAGCCUGCGUCUGGAGUGGUACCCCUGCCUGCUCAAGUACUGCCGCAACCGCGACACCACAGGCAAAGGCAGCCCCUACAAGUGCGGCAUCAAGAGCUGCAGCAAAGGCUACCAAUUCACCUACUACGUCCCCCACAAACAGCUCUGUCUCUGGGAUGAGGAGAUUUAGCAGCACACUGGCCGUGCAGUCAGACCCCUCCCCCCCCCCCCAAACAAGCCAAUGCUUUUCUUUUCCUCCCUUAUUUAAUUUGGAUAUCACGUUGGAGUUCAGUUCAUCCUGUCGUGAGAUGAUAACAGUUUGAUGCCUUAAAUGGAACAGUUUAGGUUGAAAUUGAGACCAAAGCUAUACCCUCUCAAUGACUCCUUUUGACAUUUCCUAUAGUUGGGAUAUGAUGCUGCCGAAGUGUCCAGGUUACCUACUGUGCAACCUAAAGUUACUCUCACACGUUUGUCCCCAGCUAAUAGAAAAUGACUACAAGAACCUCCUCUCAUAAGGACACGUUUAUGCAUACGGCUGGACAGUGCAGCUUCUUUUCUACAUUUCUUGCCCAGUGGGAUGACUGGUGAAGGAACAAUGUUCCCAUUAUGUUGUCACAGGAAACCGUGGGAUGCAAGAUCGGAACGGUCAGUUGGACAGUGACUUAUGACGUCAUAAACACAGCUUUAGCCAGCUCUCUUCCUGGUCGAUGGCAACUCGGGUUGCAAUCAACAAUGUUUCUCUGAUGCUGGGAUUAUUUAUUUGGUUGCAAGGUGAAGUUAUUGAAGAUUCUUAUGUAUAAAAUGACUAAUCUGAAAAGUUUUCUUUGAUAUAAACUUCAUCCCAUUUUGUCUUUGAUUUGUGUCAAUUACAAGCUUAAUUUCCAAAAAUUCUGCAUUUGUUAGCAAUUAGACAGAAUUGUAGCAAAACAGACAGAUUAUAUACACAGUGUUAUAAAACAUUAGCAACACCUUCCUAAUAUUGAGUUGCUCCCUCUUUUGCCCUCAGAACAGCCUCAAUUCGUCAGGGCAUGGACUCUACAAGGUGUCAAAAGCGUUCCACAGGGAUGCUGGCCCAUAUUGACCCCAAUGCUUCCCACAGUUGUCAAGUUAGCUGGAUGUCCUUUGGGUGGUGGUGGACCAUUCUUGAUACACACGGGAAAUGGUUGAGUGUGAAAAACCCAGCAGCGUUGCAGUUCUUGACACACUCAAACCAGUGUGCCUGGCACCUACUACAAUACCCUGUUUUUCAAGGCAUUUCAAUAUUUUGUGUUGCCAAUUCACCCUCUGAAUGGCAAACAUACACAACCCAUGUCUCAAUUGUCUCCAGGCUUAAAACUCCUUUGUUGACCUGUCUUCUCCCCUGCAUCUACACUGAUUGAAGUGCAUUUAACGGGUGACAAUAAGGGAUAAUAUCUUUCAACUAGUCAGUCUGUCAUGGAAAGAGCUAAUGUUCCUAAUGUUUUGUACCCUCAGGGUAUAUAGUGAAAAUGUCUGGGCAUUGUAUUUAGUUAACAGUAUAGAUGUUGAUGCUAAUUUAAAGUAUAUUGUUGAAGAGCAAGUUACUUCUAUCUAUUCUAUUACAGUAGCCUCAAUGUUGUUUUUCUUCUGUCAAUGUGAUUUUUCUUGGGACCAAAUUUCAUGAAUCCCAAUUCACCAUGGAAGGUCACCUCUGAGUAUUUGUAAACCGUCUGGGUUUGAGAGAGAAUGCCACUAACUUGAACAUCAUUCACAGCUCAAUCACUGAUGGCCAUGAUUUUUUUCUUUUACAUAAAUAACAUUUCAUUUUGACAAAGGUCUCCAAGUUGAUUUGCUUAUAUUUCAUUAUUCUUUAAAGUUUGGCGGCAAACCACAGUAAAGAUUCACAAAGGAAAUAUUCUCCAAGGAAGGGCUGAAGUUGCAACUUAUUUGAUUUGUGUUCACUUUUUUCACUUAUCAUGGAAUGGAACUUUCUGAGCAAUACUUCCACCUGUCGUUAAUGCAUGAAUGGAAUGCAUUAAACUUCAACACAUUGAUUAUUGGGGGGAAAAAAACAUCUAACCAUAGUCAGUGAAUCCCUUUUACCGUUAUUACAUUUCACCUGUCGGUUCAUUUCAUUAACAUCACAAUUUGUUAAAUGUACGGGUAGGCCUUCCUGAUUAUCACUUAGAUAUGUGAUUCCAUUGCACACAAAACACUUUGAUCAGGUAGGACUAAAAUAAUCAGCAAUCUGUAGGGAAAAGUCCAAUUUUAUUCCACAAUAUGAUCUCUUGUCUGCUAUCCGAUUCCUAUACCUCAUUACAUAAUUUUACAUCUUGAGUAGCUUAAUGUGUUUAAUCAUAUUCAGUAGUAACUGGUACCUAAUUGUUUUGUUUAAUUCUCCUGAUUUUAUUCUGUCACAUUAUGCUAAUGCAAUGUCUUUGUUCGCUUUGUGUAUGACAUCUUCCAUAAUUGACCAACCAAAAUGUCCUUUUUUUGUUGUUGUAAAAACCCUUCAAACUGUGGCCAUUCUAUGGUAACCUAUGUGCCUUAACACUUCAACUGAUAUUUGUGCAACGUAAAACUAAAGUCUCAUAUUUUUCUAUGUAAGAGUUGUGUAUGUUUGCAAAGAGCAAUACCACAGAAAAUGAAGUAAUUUACAAUUCAAAAGUAUAUUUUGCUUGUAAGGGUUCAAUAAAGGCACCUCUUUUUUUGCACUGCA